AUGCUAUUCAAUCGGAAGUUAAUGGUAGGUUUGAUAACUUCGCUAUUGCUUUCAAAUGUCACUUUCGCGUGUAACUCAAAUUCAUGUUCUCCUAACUCUGAACCAACAAAGGGCUUUAAUGUAAAAUGGUUUUCAUACGAAUUAAAUGACUGUGAAACUUAUAAAGAUGAAGAAUAUAUGUGUAGUGGCUAUUUAGAAAAAACACCAUAUCAUUCAAAAUGUGGUGUUAAUACCGUUAAUUUUAAAACUGGGUUCCCAUGUAACUAUAACCAAGAAAAUGAUGAAGAAAAUUUUAUUUGUGAGUGUGGUUGUAGUGGCGAAAACACUGGUUGGACUUGUCCAUGUGCCCCUAGUACUGUCUCAGAUGAUCAUACAUGUUAUAAUUCGCAAAAAGAGGUUUUUAAUGCAUCUUAUGUUUAUGAAUAUGAAACAAGCGUUACUAAUUUUACUAUGGAAUUAACUGGUUAUUUUAAAGCUCCUGAAGCUGGUUCUUUCACAUUCAAUUUAGGGGAAACUGAUGGUUCCACUGCUGUAUUUUUUGGCAAAAACGCCUUUCAGUGUUGUUCACAAGACGAGGUCUCCGUUGAAAAUCCCGAAAUAUUCUUGAAUGGCAUUAAAGAUCACGAAAAUAGUUGUAAUGAAAAGUCCAUAGAAUUAGACGAAGGCUUAUAUUAUCCAAUAAGGAUUACAUUUGCUAAUGCAUAUGCUUAUUCCAGUCUGGUAUUUUCUGCUACAUUACCAUGUGGGAAAGUUAUCCAGGAUUUUACUGAAUACAUAUUUACCUUUGAACAAGAAGAUGAACACUGUCCUGCAUCAACCACUUCUAGUAUUUUUACAAGUGGAAUAUCCGCCUCUUCAUCCAUUUUAACAACACCAACAAUUGAUAGCACUACCACUACUACAAAUGGAUGGACCGGGUCUUAUGUUUCUACAUAUUCCACCAAGGUAAGUGUUUCCACAAGUGAACUGUAUCCAUUGAGUACAACGAUUGUAACACAUUGGACUGGUUCAUAUGUUUCCACAUAUUCCACAGAUGUAAUCGUAUUUACUGGUACUGAUGGUGUUCCAACUACUUACACUACUAUCUAUGUAGAAACACCAGAUAUCGAUGUUACCACCACAACCACUACUGGAUGGACUGGUUCAUAUGCCUCCACAUACUUUACCGAUGUUUUGACUGUUACUGGCACCAAUGGCAUUGUCACCACAUCCAGUAUCAUCUAUGUGGAAACACCUGAAGUAUCUAGUACCGAGGGCUCUAGCUUAUAUGGUUCCAGUUCCAGUGCUAGUUCCAGUUCUAUUGGAUCUUCAUCGAAUGUUGUACCUGUUAGUGUUUCUACUGGGGGAUCUGCAUAUGCAACCACCACCACAACUACCACUGGAUGGACUGGGUCUUAUGUUUCCACAUAUUCAACAGAAGUUAUCACAAGCACUAACGAACACAGUUUUGAGUACACCAGCACUAUUACACACUGGAGUAGCUCUUAUAUUUCUAGCGAGAUUGUUAAAACCUCUACUAUUACAUCUGCAAUUCCACAAGGCAGUACUGUUGCAGCUGCUAGCAUAAUUUUUCAAAGUUCCGGUGUUACUAAUACCGAGAAUAUUGCCACUACAUCUGGUACUCUAUAUGUUGAAACACCAGUUAUAUCUAGUAGCGAGGGUAUUAAAUUAUCUUCUUUUAGUACACUAUCUUCAUCGAUAACUGUUUUGGCUCCAACUUCAUUGCCCGGUAUUUCUAGUAAUAUAUAUCAUUUUAGUACAUCUGAGGAAGGUGUUAAUUCUGUUUUUGUUAGCAAUAACGUUAUGCAAUACUCUUACCCAGAUGUUAUUGCAACUGCAUCUGAAAGUUCUUAUUCUAGUGACACUUUAGGCUCAAAAGUACUAAAUGCUGAAACUUUUACUGCUCCCGUCCAACCUUCUUCAGUCUACUCAUUAUCAACUAAUUUUAUUUCUUGUUCCGAGGGGUCAUUUGGUCAAUUAUCAAAGACUUCUACCCCAAACGUUGCUACUGCUUCUAUUGCUAAGAGUUUUAACGAAUGGACAGAAACAUAUAGUUUUAUCCAUUCUACUUCAAUGAAUACUAUUUAUGGACAAGAUGUUAGUGUUUCAGAAGUUCCAAACAUUGGCACUGAAAUGCAAACCAGACCUAGCAAUACCGACACUAGUAUUAAGACUUUUGCUACUAAUACUGCUACAACUGUCAAUCAACAAAUUAAUAUUGAUGAAUCAGAAAGUGCUUCCUCACUUACUACCACCUUAUCUAUUUCGACGUUGAGAACUAAUACUUUUGGGAAUAAUAGUAUUACGACUACUGUUGUUCCACAAGUUAGUACCAACGGCGGCAACAAUGAACUUGAUGCAACUUCCAUUAGUACUGGUAGUGUUUCUAGUGGCACAAAUACAAUUAUUGCUACAUAUUUUGCUAAUGGGACUUCUUCAUCAUUUAGAAAGUUCCCAAUUACCGCUUUAUUAGCUACAUUUUUAGUUAGUGUCUUGGCUCUCUUUUAG